CUUCCUGCCCCAAGUCGACCCGCGGCCGCCCGAGUCUCCGCAGGCUCCCGGAGACACGGAUCUGGGCGCCGCCUCUUUGCAACCCGGGACUGACCCGGAGGCUACCGAAGGUGAGCUCAGGAAGGCGUCCUUCCCGGUAAUCGCCUUCCUGCGUCUCCCACCGAGUUACGGCUAUAAGCCCCACGAGGUCAGGGACCCGCAUGCUGUACUCCUAGCAGCGCCUCCACCACCUGCCAGGGCGCCUGGCACAGAACAGGGGGCAAGCGACUCGGGCGGAGCGAGUCCAGGAGAGGAAACCAUCCCGAGACUUCUGGGGGAGUAAGUUCAUUGGCUGGCACUCCCUCCUACCGGGCCCCGCCCACACGGGCCCUCAAGCCACGCCCGCGGAGGCGGGGG